GUUCUUAUAUCAAUAAGGGAUAUGGGUCUUCUUCCAACUCCUCUUUUUCUCAAGAUUUCAAACGGUACUUAUAUAUUAUUGUUGGCUAUGGAGCGAAUGUGAUGGAUGUGGAGGAGUCAUGCACGAUAGAGCAAAUGUCUCUGACAUUGUGGCCAGGACAAAUUUAUGAUGAUCCUAAUAUUUCCUGUACAGACAUCCGCAAUGCAUUCUCAUAUGGUUUUGAGCUUUCUUGGUACCAAUGUGAAUAUCAUGGAAAUCCUUGGGAUACUUUCAUACUAGAACAGGGCAGAAAUGUAGCCAAGUAUACUGGAUUGUUAUGGCUCAACGACCGAUUAACCAAACUACGAGUCAGUACUACUGAAGAAUAUUAUGUAUGGACUACUUCUAAUGGGUUUCAAUAUAUCUACUAUCGCAAUUUGGCAACUUUAUUAAUUGAAUUACUGCUCGAAUGGCGUUUGUCAAUCAGUGUAUUAGGUGCUCCAUUUGUGAUUGCUUUUUUUAUAUAUAAAUGGCGAAGGAGGCACUUGUCCAUGUAUGAUGAAGUUGAAGAAUUUCUACAAAGCCAAAAUAACUUCAUGCCAAUAAGGUACUCUUUCUCAGAAAUUAAGAAAAUGACCAAAGGUUUUAGGGAAAGAUUGGGUGAAGGAGGAUUUGGCACAGUAUUUAAAGGAACACUUCGAAGUGGACGUCUUGUAGCAGUAAAGAUGUUAAGCCAAUCCAAAGCAAAUGGGCAAGAUUUUAUCAAUGAAGUAGCAACCAUUGGAAGGAUCCAUCAUGCGAAUAUAGUGGAACUCAUUGGUUUUUGUGUUCAGGGUUCAAAGUGUGCCAUAAUAUAUGAGUUCAUGCUCAACGGAUCUCUAAACAAACACAUUUUUUCAGCAGAGGCAAAUAUCCUCAACUACGAGAAAACAUAUGAUAUUGCUUUAGGAGUGGCUUGCGGGAUUGAGUAUUUACAUCAAGGAUGUGACAUGCAAAUUUUACAUUUUGACAUUAAGCCACACAACAUUCUUCUUGAUGAGAAUUUGAAACCUAAAGUUUCGGAUUUUGGCUUAGCAAAAUUGUACCCGGUGGAAGAUAGUAUUGUUCCUUUGACUCGUGCAAGAGGAACGCUUGGAUACAUGGCUCCUGAAAUGCUUUAUAAAAAUAUUGGAGGCGUUUCAUACAAAGCUGAUGUCUAUAGCUUUGGAAUGUUGUUGAUGGAAAUGGUGAGCAGAAGAAAGAACUUGCAUGCAUCUACAGAACAUUUAAGCCAAAUUUACUUCCCCACUUGGAUAUAUGAUCAAUUCCAUGAUGGAAAGAAUAUUGAAAUAGAAGAUGCUACUGAAGAUGAAAGGAAAAUAUGUAAGAAGAUGUUGAUAGUCGCAUUAUGGUGCAUACAAUUGAAGCCGAGUGAUCGUCCAUCAAUGAACAAAGUCGUCAAAAUGCUUGAAGGAGAUGUUGAAUGCUUACAAGUUCCUCUCAAGCCUCUCCAACCAUCACUAAAGAGAGAGAUAAAUGGUGAUAGAGAUAAUUCAAAUCAAGCUUCAUCGUCAAUUCAAUAAGUUGAACAAAGUCUUAUUUAAUUUGUAUUGUUUAUCUUUCUAAAAGUGAACUAUCUCUUUCUAUAGUUUUUUUUUUUUUAAGAGAAGACUUUGUACUAACCGAACUAUGAAAGUUUUGCUUCAAGCCCAUGAAAAAAGAGAAGAUCGACAAUAUAAAGUCAUAAUUAAUCUU